GGAAUGUGUUUGGGCCCGCGGCAGGGGGCGGGGUUGAGCCUCCUGCACCACUCGGGUUCCAGCCUAGCCUCACGGACACUGAGAUGGAAAUCCCCAGGCUGCUCCCAGCUCGCCAGACUCUACAGGGCAGCGUCGCUGGCAGCUCGGUUGGCAGCAGCCGGGUUUACGGAGGUCCUGACCAGCGUGCUGGUCAGGUAGCCGCAGGACACUUUCUGCUGCUGCGGGGCCCUCAAGAUGGCGGGUCAGGGCGGCAGCGCAGGGAGGCCCGCGCCGCUUCUCAGGGCCCCGGCCAGAGCACAUUGGCUUUGAGGCCUAAUUACUCAGUUGGCUGUGGCGGCGGCGGCGGCGGCGGCGGCGGCAUCGGCGGCGGCAUCGGCGGCGGCAUCGGCGGCGGCAUCGGCGGCGGCAUCGGCGGCGGCAUCGGCGGCGGCAUCGGCGGCGGCAUCGGCGGCGGCAUCGGCAUCGGCGGCGGCGGCGGCGAAAAGGACUUUUUCCUGGUGCUGCUAGAUCCGGUGGGUGGAGACUUGGAGACCUUGGGCGCGGGACAGGCCACAGGGCCUAUGUGGAGGGAGGUGACCGAACCUGGCCCAGGGCUCCGGGGGGGAGAGACUAGCGUGAACCUCGUGAGCUGCCCUGCAUUGGGCCCUUGUUGUUUGUCCGCGAUGCCGGCCCGAGUCCCGGCCCUAGUCCCUAACCCUGCCAAUGGCCUGAGCCAGGCCAAAGCCUUCUCAGGCACCGUUACCAUCCACAAUCAGGACCUGCUGUUGCGCUUUGACAACGGCGUCCUCACUCUGGCCACGCCCCUGCUUCCAGCCUCCCAGCCUGGAGUGCAGAUCUCACAGCCGGGAGGUCUGAUCCCCCCACAGGCAAGAGUCCUGCAGAUUGCGCAGCCAGGCGACUGCCCUGAGCUGCCGCCUGACCUCUUGCUAGAGGAACCUACUGAACCCACCCCCACUCCCGUGCCUGAGGAGGAGAUGGAAGGCCAGGCAGCCUGCGAGAGCUCAGGUGGGCCACUGGGCCCUGGCCCAGGUAUAGUGCUAUACAUGUGUCCUGAGGCACAGUGCGGACAAACUUUCCCCAAGAAGCACCAGCUGAAGGUGCAUCUGCUGACACACAGCAGUACUCAGGGCCAGCGGCCCUUCAAAUGUCCCCUGAGUGGCUGUGGCUGGACUUUCACCACAUCAUACAAGCUUAAGAGACAUCUUCAGUCACACGACAAACUGCGACCUUUCGGCUGCCCUGUGGAGGGUUGUGGCAAGAGCUUCACCACGGUGUAUAACCUCAAAGCGCACAUGAAGGGCCACGAACAGGAGAACUCUUUCAAAUGCGAAGUAUGCGAGGAGAGUUUUCCCACACAGGCCAAGCUCAGUGCCCACCAACGCAGCCACUUUGAGCCAGAGCGGCCCUAUCAGUGUGCCUUUUCUGGCUGCAAGAAGACAUUUAUCACGGUCAGUGCCCUUUUUUCCCAUAACCGUGCACACUUCAGAGAACAGGAACUCUUUUCAUGUUCCUUUCCUGGCUGCAGCAAACAAUAUGACAAAGCUUGUCGUCUGAAAAUUCACCUGCGUAGUCACACCGGUGAAAGACCUUUCCUUUGUGACUUUGAUGGCUGUGGCUGGAACUUUACCAGUAUGUCCAAGCUCUUACGGCACAAAAGGAAGCAUGAGGAUGAUCGGAGGUUCAUGUGCCCGGUAGAAGGCUGUGGGAAAUCUUUCACAAGGGCCGAACAUCUAAAAGGCCACAGCAUAACCCACCUGGGCACAAAACCUUUUGUGUGUCCCGUGGAGGGCUGCCGUGCCAGGUUCUCUGCUCGCAGCAGUCUCUACAUUCACUCCAAGAAACACUUGCAAGAUGUGGACACUUGGAAAAGCCGUUGCCCAGUCUCCACUUGUAAUAAACUCUUCACAUCCAAGCACAGCAUGAAGACCCACAUGGCCAAAAGGCAUAAUCUCCAUCAGGAUCUCUUUGCUCAGCUAGAAGUUGCAAAUUCUCUUACACCCAGCAGUGCACUUACCAGCCAGGGACAGAGCGAUGUCAGUGAUGCAGAACUAGUCUCUCUCUUCUCUGAUGUGUCUGGCAGCAGUUCUGCUGCAGUGCUGGACACAGCUUUGGUGAACUCUGGAAUCUUGACUAUUGAUGUGGCUUCUGUGAGUUCAACUCUGGCAGGGAAUCAUCCUGCUAAUAAUACUAAUGCCUUAGGGCACUCUGUGGACUCUCGGGCCUCAAUGACCACUGGUGACCUUCCUCAAAGUCUGGACAUCUCCCUCUUUUUUGGAGCCACAGCUGAAGGUUUCCAGCAGAACCCUUUAGAUGGGGAUGAUACCCCAAGUCUCAAUACAGGGCCUUUGGGGCCUCUGGGCUCUUUAGCUAUGAAAAGCUCGGGUCAGGAACCCCAAGCUCUGACCCCCAGCAGCAAGCUAACAGUAGACCCAGAUCCCCUGACCCCUUCAAGCAGUCUUUGUGAAAACAGUGUCUCAGAACUGCUGAUGCCAGCUAAAGAGGAAUGGAACAAACAUCCUGACUCUGACUUCUUUGGACAGGAGGAAGAGACCCAGUUUGGGUUCUCCAAUCCCACAGGCAACCAUAGCUCUCAGAAAGAGACAGAUCUUAUCGCUGUGACUGACAGCUCAUUUUUGGUAUGAACUGUUCAUUCCUCAUCACUUUUAUUAAUGACACUCAACUUUAUGGAUAUAUGGACUGAAUGUGUAUAUGCAGCCAUGUCUCAUAGGCUUCACAGAAAAAUAAGAGAACUCUAGAGCGCUGGGCUACACGUUUCAAUACUUGAGUUCUUGACUCUGGAACUUAACAAGUAGGGUGCCCUGAGCAAGUUACUUAACCUAUCUGAGCCUUAAUUUCUUUAUUUAUAAAAAGUUAUGAAUGGAUUGUUUACUAUUUAGGCUGUAGAUUGGUAUC